CGAGAAUUGAGCUCCUCUGAUUCUUAGAACUGGGGGUUCUUAGAAGUGGUGAUGCAAGAAGUUUCUAGGAAAGCAAUACCAGAGCUUGACAAGAUGGCUUGUGCAGCAGACAGCUGUAUCCAAUUCACGCGUCACGCCAGCGACGUGCUGCUGAACCUCAACCGGUUGCGGAGCCGGGACAUCCUCACAGAUGUCACCAUCCUGGUCAACAGACAGCAGUUCCGCGCUCAUAAGACUGUCCUCAUGGCCUGCAGUGGGUUGUUCUACACUAUAUUUACGGACUCUCUGAAGUGUAACCUGAAUGCCAUCAGUCUGGACCCCAAGGUGGACCCCGAGGGGUUUACCAUCCUGCUGGAGUUCAUGUACACCUCUAGACUGACGCUGAAGGAGAGUCUGAUCAUGGCGAUCAUGAACACAGCCAUCUACCUACAGAUGGAUCACGUUGUGGACACCUGCCACAGAUUCAUCAAAUCCAGCGACCCUGGCCAGGCCAACAAGCUGCCCAGAGAUGAGUUCUUGGUCAGCCCCUUGCUUUUACCUCAGGGCGUCCAUGCAUACCGGCCCCACGAUGUGGUCGACAACCUGCCCGGCCGGGUCGGCCCCUUCAGAGACGGGAGGCCCUACGCCUCCAGCAUGUUCAACGGGGUCAAUUCCCCCAGCAACUACCACCUCUACGGUCAGUUCCCCGUCCAGGGGUUCCCUUUCCCUCUCUGCAAGCUGACAGACGCCAAAAAUAACUUCGCUGACUUCUCUAAAGGCGGGAUCCACCACAAGCACUGUUCCCCCCCGGACACGGGCAGCGCCAUGAGGGUUGAUUACAGCCGAGCGGUGAGCGGGGGCUCGGCCAGCAUCCACCAUACAGCCAGCUACGUCUCCUCCAGGGAGGAGGAGAUGAGGAAGGAGAGCCAUGACGGAGGGGUCAGCCAGGCUGGUGGGGUGGGAGGCUCUAGGAAGAGAGCGUUUGCCACGGCGGGCCACAAGCAGCAGAUAAUGGUUCUGGGUAAGGAGCACGGUCCUCAGACGACAGAGGAAGACACGAGCCAGCAGCACUACCCUCUGGGGAUCUCCUCAGCCGGACGGAAGGGCCUGAUGAGCAGUCCUCAGAGCCCGCUCAAAUCGGACUGCCAGCCUAACUCCCCAACCGAGUCCAGCAGCAGUAAGAACGCAGGUCUCUCCCAGGCCGGCCGGUGUGGUGCCCUGCCCCUACAGGGCAGCCAGGAUCCCAAGGCACGCAACUGGAAGAAAUACAAGUUCAUAGUUCUGAACCAGAGCGCCACCAAGGAGGAGGAUACUGGGCCGCAGGAGGUGGUGGUCCCCUCCCCCCAGCGCCUGGGUCUGCCCCCCUACCCCCAGCCUUCUGACUCGGAGCACCUGGACACGCAGGCCAACGCCAACAUCAGCGAGCACGGAGAGGAUCUGCUUGUUCCACAGGCCUCCCGACUCAACAACAUCAUCAACAGAGCUCUGGAGGGAUCACAGAGGAGCGCUGACAACCACUCCUCUGUCUACAUCAGCCACUUAAAGUGCACCUCCUGUGGUACCCCGCCCCCGCAGCACUCUGAAGUGUGUCCCAACACCCCGGCUUCCUGUUUAGCGGAGGACAUGAUGUCAGAGUUACACUCGGAGUACUCAGACUCCAGCUGUGAAACUGGCACGUUCUUUUGUAACGAAUGCGACUUCAAGUUCGCUGACGACGGAGCCCUGAAACUCCACGUGCUGCAGACCCACAGUGACAAGCCGUACAAGUGCGACCGCUGUCAAGCUGUUUUCCGCUACAAAGGAAACCUCGCCAGCCACAAGACAGUCCACACCGGAGAGAAGCCGUAUCGCUGCAACAUCUGUGGCGCUCAGUUCAACAGGCCAGCUAACCUCAAGACCCACACCCGUAUCCACUCAGGAGAAAAGCCAUACAGAUGUGAGACAUGUGGAGCUCGAUUCGUGCAGGUUGCACAUCUCCGUGCCCAUGUGCUGAUCCACACCGGGGAGAAGCCAUACCCGUGCGAGAUCUGUGGAACGCGUUUCCGUCAUCUGCAGACGCUGAAGAGUCACCUGCGCAUCCACACCGGAGAAAAGCCCUAUCAUUGUGAGAAAUGCAACUUGCACUUUCGCCACAAGAGUCAGCUUCGAUUGCACCUCAGACAGAAACACGGAGCGAUUACCAACACCAAGAUCCAGUACCGCACGUCCACCACAGAGCUGCCAACAGACCCGUCCAAGGCGUGCUGAACUGGAGGGGGGCGGGGCGGGGCGGACGACGACGACGACGCCAAUCUUGACCAUGGCAUUGAAAACACCCCAACGUAUACAAAUCAUCCCCAAAAAAUUGUAGUGCCACACUGUGUUGAUUUAGAGGGCGAUUCAUUAAUACGGCCAGCGUCCAAGGCGUGCUGAACUGGCGGGGCGGGGCGGGGCGGACAGCGUACGCCGUUCAAAACGGGUUUUCUCUAAACAUGUGAACGUAGAACCUCUCAGUCCAUUUGUUUCUUUAUAUUAGUAUGUCUCUUUUAAUUUAGUUCAAAUGUUUUUAAGCUUUAGAGGAAUAUAAAACAGCUUUAUUUUGUUGGAGGAAAAAGCACGAAUGUAAACGUAAAUCCCGUUGAAGGAUACGGUAUUUUAUAGCAAAUAACUUUUCUGAAAGUAUUGACAUUUCGAUUUGAAGGGGCGGGGAGGGGGUUAACAGUAUAUUUUAAAGAUAAAUUGUAUUUAUCCUGGCUGUAUAAGAUAUUGAAUUGUCUAUAGAUUUUAUAUAUUGGUGUACAUGUAGACCUGCCCCCUUUCAUGUGAAAGGAAAAAAACAAAAACAUUUUUUUUGUGGGGGGGGGGGGGGGGGGGGGGACUCUUAAUAAUGACUACUGCUCUCGUAGGAAGACAAACUGAUGCAUGAUGAGGCAUACCUACGCUACUACCGUUGCCAAUAGUUACCAAUCCAUGAAGCGGGCAACUGCAGUCAUAAAUAUUGUGACCUACUGUGUAAUUAACUAACUAUAUCCAACUGGGUUGCUCUCUGCUGGCAGAACCAAUCUAGUAUUUAAAAUGUUUUAAAAAAAAUAUAUAUGCAUUUCGAGGUACUGCUUUGGGUAUGAACCAAGAAGAUAUUUUUGCUUCAAAACGUGUUUGUAUGGAUGUGUUAUAGUUUAUUGUUUUAAGUGAACGUUCCCAGUUGUCAUUGUACUAGAAGCUACAGUAAAACAGAUGUUGUUUGUACAUACACUGUGUACUGAAGGUGCCUUCUCUAUGGUGACUGAAUUCAUUUCCAUUCAGCCCAGUUCUGUUUAUAUAAAAAGGUACAACUCAAGGACAGCACUAGUAGUCCUAGUUUUUAUUUCGGGUUUGCGUGUGUCAUUUAAAAAAAUAAAAAAUAAGAAAAAAAAAAAAAAGCUUUUCACCAACUUUACAACAUGCAAAUUAUUCAUUAAUCAUUAAUCAUUAAUCAAUAAUCAAUAAUCAUUAAUCAUUACUCGAGCUGUAAAUCUUCAGGACUUUUUUUUUGUGUUAAAAAAAAAAUAAAAAUGCAUUCAACUUAUUGAUCAAUUUCUAGAUGUAUGAAUGUAAAAUAAAGGCUUUGUAUUUGUAUGUCA